AUGGCCCCCCCAAAACCCCCUAACCCAUCCUCCAAAGAAAUUAUCGAAGAAGCAGUGCAAACAGCGGUGCAGACCGCCGGUCUCCACCUUGACAACGCACUCCAUGACACUCAACACCAAAUGGACGAACGUUUUCUUUUAGCAUCAAAUGAGUUAGAACAACAAGUUGGUCAGCUUCAUUCUCGAUUGGACAAGGAUAAACAAACAGCUGACAAAAGAUUUGACUCUAUGAUGUCCAUCUUGACAAAGUUGGUGUCUCAGCAGGAGCUGACCUCUACCAGCAAAGUAGCAACAUCACCCAAUUCUUCAGGUAUGACGGGCCAAAACUCUUCAACACCUAUGCAUUCUACUUUUUCCCCAUCCUCCACACAACUCCGCCAAACUUUGAAUUUCACCCAACCACCCUUACACUCUACGAUACCCACCACCCAACGUUUCUCACCAAACCCCCCUUUUACACCCAAUCAAAAUUUUGGUCAUAUCCCCCACACGACCCAACCCUUCAUUCCCACCUAUUCCAUUCCUUUUUCCACAAAUUUCACUCAGCCAUACUCAAUUCCAUCUAUUCCCAAUUUUCAGACCACACAAAUUCCUCAAUUUAUACCCACUCAGAUCCCCACUGCCAGCCCCCUUCCCCCCUUUCGAACUCCGAAAUUGGAACUCGCUGUUUUUGAUGGAACCAACCCCCUCGAAUGGCUUUUUCAGGCAGAUCAAUUUUUUGAUUUUUAUCAUAUACCACCUGAACAGCGUUUACCUAUGAUGUUUUUCUAUAUGAAGGGUGAAGCAUUGUGUUGGUACAAAUGGAUGUAUCAGCACCAUGAGUUAGUGGAUUGGGCCUCGUUUACAAAGGCCUUGGAAUUACGUUUCGGUCCGUCUACUUAUGCCAACCACCAAGCUGAACUUUUCAAGUUGAAACAAACUGCUUCAGUUGUGGAAUACCAGGCUGUUUUUGAGAAAUUAGCAAAUCAAGUUGUUGGGCUGUCACCGCAAGCAUUCCUUAAUUGUUUUAUUUCGGGAUUAUCAUCCGAAAUUCAGAGCGAAAUUGCCAUACAUAAACCUGUUUCUAUAUCCCAAGCUAUCGGCCUCGCCAAACUUAUCGAAUCAAAACUAAGAGAUUCGAAACCCAAGUUCCACAAACCUUUUACCUCUCAAACCCCACGCUCAGCCACCUCUACACCAUCCACCCUAACAGCCACACCACCACCUCCUACUGCCUCCCCCAUAUACCCCAAACAGACCCAAUUCCCACAACCUAACCGCCUGCCAAUUCGACGUCUUUCCAAUACUCAACUCCAGGAACGACGUACCCAAGGCUUAUGUUUCAAUUGCGAUGAAAAGUUCGUUCCCGGACACAAAUGCUCUGCUGGUAAAUUUCUUCUAUUAAUGAUUGAUGAUGAAGAUGAUAUCAACAACCCGGAUUCUGUGACACAAGACGAACAGAUUACAGACUCUUCAGCGGAAGAGACCUAUUUUCAGCUAUCCCCCCAAGCAGUCAGUGGGCAAUUUUCACCUAAAACACUAAAAUUCAAUGGUUUGAUUAAUGGCUUGUCCGUGACAGUUCUAAUCGAUACUGGCAGUACCCAUAACAUUUUACAACCCCGCAUUGCCCAACAUCUCAAAUUGCCCACAAAACCUAUUCCAAAUUUCUCUGUUAUGGUGGGUAAUGGAUCCAAGUUACUAUGUUCAGGACUUUGCCCCGCAGUCCCAAUCACCCUUCAGAAUACUGUUUUCUCAAUUCCUUUUCACCUACUUCCUAUCGAAGGAGCUGAUGUUGUCCUUGGAAUGGAAUGGCUCCGCACCCUCGGUCCAUUAAUUACGGAUUUCUCCAUACCCAAAAUUUCGUUUACUUUUAACAAUAACGAAAUAACUAUUAGCGGUGACCCUAAACCAAUACCAUCCCACUCUUCUUAUAAUCAAUUUUGCCAACUUCUCCAUUCUGAUUCCAUUGCCUCCCUUCAUCUUUUAAUUUAUCAGCCCACUCCAGAAAAUUUCCUAUCACCCGACCCACCCAAUUUUCAUUCACUUGACACUUUACCCUCUUCUCUUCCUAAACCAAUUUCCAACCUUCUAAAAUCUUUUUCCUCCAUUUUUCAAAAACCUCAAGGUUUGCCUCCACCCAGACCUCACGACCACCGCAUUCCUAUCCUGCCAAAUACUACCCCAGUGAAUGUCAAACCCUAUCGCUAUCCCCACUCCCAAAAAGACGCAAUGACCUCCAUCAUCCAAGAGAUGCUACAAGAUGGCAUCAUUAAACCCAGCAAUAGCCCAUAUUCCUCACCCGUUUUGUUAGUGCGCAAAAAGGAUGGCACUUGGCGUUUUUGCGUCGAUUACCGAGCGUUAAACGCUGUCACUGUUCGUGAUCGUUUCCCUAUACCAACCAUAGAUGAGCUAUUUGAUGAACUCGGAUCAGCAACUAUUUUCUCUAAGAUCGAUCUUCGAUCUGGAUACCACCAAAUCAGAGUUUCACCAGAGGAUAGACACAAGACAGCAUUUCGCACGUUUGAUGGACACUAUGAGUUUUUAGUGAUGCCAUUUGGCCUAACUAAUGCUCCUAGUUCUUUUCAAUCAGCGAUGAAUGACCUACUACGCCCUUACUUAAGACGGUUUGUUUUAGUUUUCUUUGACGAUAUCCUUAUAUACAGUUCUUGUCUUUCUGAUCAUGUUUCUCACUUAAAAUUGAUUUUAGAAUUGUUGUUUUCUAAUCAGUUUUAUGCCAAAUUAUCCAAGUGUGUGUUUGUUGUGCCUAAAAUUGAUUACCUAGGUCAUUUUAUUUCAAGUGAAGGUGUAACCCCGGAUCCUACCAAAAUUCAAGCAGUUGUCGAUUGGCCUACGCCACGUUCUCUCACGUCACUCAGGGGUUUUUUAGGCCUCACUGAAUUCUAUCGACGAUUUGUUCGUCAUUAUGCCUCUCUCGCCGCUCCUCUCACCGAUUUAUUGAGUUCCACUAAGUUACAUUGGAGCACAGAAGCAGAAUCUGCUUUUACAACAUUAAAACAAAAAAUGACUGAGACCCCUGUGUUGUGUCUUCCAGACUUCUCCAAAUUAUUUGUUCUUGAAACGGAUGCGUCCGGCGUUGCAAUAGGAGCUGUCUUAUCCCAAUCCGGCCACCCCCUGGCUUUCUUCAGCAAAAAGAUGUGCCCACGUCUGCAGAAUUCUUCGGUUUAUGUUCGGGAAAUGUACGCCAUCACUGAAUCUGUCAAGAAAUGGAGACAAUACUUAAUUGGUAGACAUUUCCAUAUUUACACAGAUCAGAGGAGUUUAAAAAACCUAUUAGUCUAG